CGUACUCUCAUGUAAGAACAACAUCAACAAAUGUGUUGCUUACAUUUCAUUUUUGUUCCGAACUUUUCUAAUACUAUGGCUAUUUAUCCAAGGUGUAGAAAAAUAAAAAUGUAACAUAUAAAUAAAAACCAAAAUAACCAUGUUGAUAGCAAUUGGAAAUGAAUUUGAUUUUAUGGUAUUUAAAAUUUAGCAUAAGGUGAUAGUACUAGUAACACAAAUAAACGGUGAACAAGAACCGUUUUCUGCUAUCGUUAUCUUUUCAAAAUUAGUUUUAUCAGUUAUUUGGUUUUAUAUAGAGCUUGAUGAAGGGCGAUGAAUGGAUUAGAACAAGUCAUAGGGCUAAACUAACAACCAUUGAUAGUGACUACGACGACCAGACAACUUUCGAUCUACAAGUUUCUGUAACACACAAUACCGGUCAUGCAAGUUGGGGAUCAAUAAGCACACAAAUUAUUGGAGACAUUCACGUCGAUGUGACUGAGAUCAACAGACACUGGAACAAAAGAUGUUACUCACAUGUUGAUCCACACAUGAAAACUGUUGAUGGAUUACAUUAUGAAGCGCAAGAGGAGGGUGACUACAUGAUGGCCAUGAAUGAUAUAUUUCAAACUGAGGUAUGGAAUCGUUUGAUUAUUUACUGUUAA